UGCGUGGAAUUACGCUAUCAUUCAAAACCGGAAGGCGUGUCUCUAAACUCCCGAGUGAUUCAUCUUCUUAAACACACGAUCUUCGUUGCAACUCUUCUGACAGCUAGCGACCAACUCCACAACGCUCUAAGCAAGCUGCCUACAGAGCUGGGCGAACAGGAGAGGGAAGGGGAGAGCUUUAACCCGGUCUCCCCAGCCGACCCUGAGUAAACCAGCCAGCCAUGGAUGACAGCUCCUCGCUGGGAAAAGUCAGCAGCUCUACCGAGUCCGUGGCCACCGUCACCAGUGAAGAAUUUGUUUUGGUACAGUCCAGUGCUGCUGGGUCACCACAGGGCUCUGAGGGCAAACCAAGACUCAAGAUGUCUUGGAAUGGAAGUGAGCAGCUCGAAAAAGCCAUGGAGGAGAUUUUGGACGAUGAUGAUGAGGUGAAGGUGGAGAAGAGCAGUGUGGAAAAGAUGGAGAAGCACAGGGACCCAGAGAGCCAAGUCCUGGAACCCCGACCUCCAGAAGCAUGUCCAACACCAACCAGCCCCACUGUCUUGGAGGAGGACAGUGUCCAGUUUAACAAACUGUCCUACCUGGGCUGCACCUGGGUCAAAGCCCCUCGCAAUGAGGCAGAGGCGCAGAGGGCCAUGGCCACCCUGCGAGCUGAGAGUGCCAUCCCCAUUCCCAUCACCCUUCAUGUCCCUUGUGGACCAGAUGGCUCUGUCAGGUCAAUCCAGGCUACAGGUACAGAGAUUGCUUCCUUCCCCAUUUACAAGGUGUUGUUCUGUGCUCGUGGACGGGAGGGCUCAAUGGAAAGCGAGUGUUUCUCCUUCACUGAGAGUUACAGAAGCUCAGAGGACUUCCAGAUCCACGUCUUCUCCUGCCACAUUAAGGAAGCUGUCAGUCGAAUCCUGUACAGUUUCUCCACAGCCUUUCGGCGUUCUUCUCGGCCAGCAGACAUCAGGGACACAGCGCUGCCCAGUCCGCCCGACAGCGACCUCUACACUUUCACUGUCUCGCUGGAGGUCAAAGAGGACGAUGGCAAAGGCAACUACAGUCCAGUGCCUAAGGACAGAGACAAGUUCUACUUCAAGCUGCGACAGGGCGUACAGAAGAAGGUCGUUGUCUCAGUUCAGCAAAUGUGCAACAAGGAGCUGGGCAUCGAGAGGUGUUUUGGGAUGCUGCUGAGUCCAGGACAGAAAGUCUGCAACAGUGACAUGCAUCUACUAGACAUGGAGUCGAUGGGGAAGAGCUCUGAUGGGAAGGCCUAUGUUAUCACAGGAACAUGGAACCCCAACAUGGCAGCCUUCCAGCCACUGAAUGAAGACACACCUAAAGAUAAGCAAGUCUAUAUGACAGUGGCGGUGGACCUGGUAGUGACUGAAGUGGUGGAGCCAGUUCGCUUCCUGCUGGAAACUCUGGUCAGGGUCUAUCCAUCAAACGAACGCUUCUGGUACUUCAGCCGCAAAACCUUCAGUGAGACCUUCUACCUCAAACUCAGACAGCAGGCACCAGAUAGGGUGGGUCAGAGUGAUGCUGUCUAUGAGGUGGUGAGUCUUCAGAGGGAGGCAGAGAGAAGCAAUGAAAUAAGAGGACGACAGGCCUCGCCCACUGAGGAGGAGGAGGCCGAUGAAGAUAGUGACAGUGAAAUCUCCAGUGGGACAGGAGACGUUUCCAAAGACUGUCCUGAGAAAAUCCUUGAGUCCUGGGGAGGAAUCCUCAACAGAUGGCAUGGAAACCUGUCCACUAGGCCGAAGGGCUUGCCCUCAUUGGUUCGCAGUGGCAUUCCUGAGCCACUCAGAGCUGAGGUCUGGCAGCUGCUGGCUGGUUGCCACGACAACCACGACCUGCUUGAGCAUUACCGCAUCCUCAUCACCAAGGACUCAGCACAGGAAGGUGUCAUCACCCGGGACAUCCACCGUACCUUCCCCGCACACGACUACUUCAAGGACUCUGACGGAGACGGGCAGGAUUCACUGUACAAGAUCUGCAAGGCCUACUCUGUCUAUGAUGAGGAAAUUGGUUAUUGCCAGGGUCAGUCAUUCCUCGCCGCUGUCCUCCUGCUGCACAUGCCUGAGGAACAGGCCUUCUGUGUGUUGGUGAAAAUCAUGUAUGAAUACGGCCUCAGAGCUCUCUACAAGAACAACUUUGAGGAUCUUCACUGCAAGUUCUACCAGCUGGAGAGGCUGAUGCAGGAACAGCUUCCAGACCUGUGGUCCCACUUCCAGGAGUUGAACCUGGAGGCACACAUGUAUGCCUCCCAGUGGUUUCUUACCCUCUUCACUGCCAAGUUCCCCCUGUGCAUGGUGUUCCACAUCACUGACCUGCUGCUCUGUGAGGGUCUAAACAUCAUUUUCAACGUAGCCCUGGCCUUGCUCAAGACAUCCAAAGAGGACCUCUUGCAGGCUGAUUUUGAAGGGGCUCUCAAGUUCUUCAGGGUCCAGCUCCCUAAACGCUACAGAGCUGCAGAGAAUGCUCGAAGACUUAUGGAGCAGGCCUGCAACAUCAAGGUUCCAACCAAAAAGCUGAAGAAGUUUGAGAAGGAAUAUCAGACGCUGAGAGAGAGCCAGCUGCAACAGGAAGACCCCAUCGACCGAUACCAGAGGGAGAACCGUCGUCUUCAGGAAGCCAGUAUGCGACUAGAACAGGAGAAUGACGACUUGGCCCAUGAGCUGGUCACCAGUAAGAUCGCCCUCCGGAAUGACCUCGACCAGGCAGAAGACAAAGCCGAUGUUUUGAACAAAGAGCUGCUGAGCACCAAGCAGCGUCUAGUGGAGACUGAGGAGGAGAAGAGACGACAGGAGGAGGAGACGGCUCAGCUGAAGGAAGUGUUCAGGAGGGAGCUGGAAAAAGCAGAGCUGGAGAUCAAGAAAACCACAGCUAUCAUAGCUGAAUACAAACAGAUCUGCUCCCAGCUGAGCACCAGGCUAGAAAAACAGCAGGCGGCAACUAAAGAAGAGCUGGACAUCGUCAGGAGUAAAGUAAUGGGCUGUGAGCACUGUAGGGACCUGUUCAACACCCUCGGGACCCUUCAGGCGUCGUCCCCUGGCAGGGACAAGGCUUCCACCGAGCCGCUGGAUGAGGAGAAGGACGGGCUGAAGGAGCAGCUGAGGCAGCUGGAGCUGGAGCUGGCCCAGACUAAACUGCAGCUGGUGGAGGCCAAGUGCCGCAUCCAGGAGCUCGAGCACCAGCGGGGAGUCCUGAUGAAUGAGAUCCAGGCAGCCAAGAACUCUUGGUUCAGCAAGACUCUGGGCUCCCUGAAGAGCUCUGCCUCCUCGUCCUCCAGCUCCACAUCCCAGACUCCGUCCUCUCCAAAGGAAGGUCCCGCCUAGACAACCCGCAGCCCCCAUACCCCUACCCCCCUCCUUUCCCCUUGCAGGAUGCACACUAGAGCUGAGGAACACAAGCUGAUCAAACAAGCAGCAGAGAAAUGCAGUAUUCCUUUUCCAACCGGUGGCAAAGUGGAGCCCACCAGUUUCUUUGACUGCAAAUAGCUGAAAAGAUGAGGGAAGAAACAGGCGGGGGCCUGGACCAGCCUCCUCUCGUUCUCUUAAUGUUUACGUUUGAGUGAACUUAAAAGUGUCUGUUGACCUUCUCUGCUUCACAGGUAAUGAUACAGGUGAGCAUGAGUUGUCAGUGAAGUUUGAAGUUGAUUUAAAGGGUCAGGGGUCGUUGCCAACACUAUUUUGUUGAGUUGGGUAAGAAAGCUGAAUUAAUCCAAACAACACCAUCCCUCAUGCAGAUCCAUUAGCUCCACCUUGUGGACAGAUAUUGCUACUGCAGAGUUAUAGUCAUUUUAUCUGAGUGAGAUUGUGUUUUAGGUAGCUGAGAAUUAAACCUAUAUUAAGUCUCACAAUUUGGAUAAUAUUUUCAAUGACAGUAAUACAGCUAUAUCACAUAGAUAUUAAAAGUUUACAGCUUAAAAAUAGAAAAGUCUACAUUAAUCAUCUUCAGCGCAAAGCAAGGCAAAGCCACAGCACUCUGAAAAAGGAAUACUGCAUCCAGAGUCUUAAACAAGAACAACACAAAAGUUGUAUUUCUUUAUAGUAAUAUAACGUAAACAAUGUUGUCAUAUAAAUAUGUAUAACUAAUUAUUGAUUUUUUAAAAUAAUCUUGUACAGUUCUUUAAGAGAAGAAAAACAUAAGGAAAAGUUCUUUGUUAAAUUUUUUUUCUACUGUUUGGAAUUUGAAUGUCAUCUCUCUAGAUGUUGACGUAAGCACAGUGUGUGAUCGAUGUGGUCGAGUCCAAACGCUGAAAAGCCAAAGUGACAACGUGCAGCGGUUUAUUUGUCCCUGCUGUUUUUUCUCCAGUCAUGGCUUGAACAGGCUUGAGGUUUGUAAUCUCACUCUAAAUUUCACAGAUUUUAAGUUUUUUAAAUCCGAGUUCCAGCUCGUGUCUGUAAGUACUUGAUUGGCAUUUUAAAUUUCUUUUUGCGUUUGUCAGUGUAUGCAGAUGUCUAACAUGCAUGUUUUGAAACGUUUGCUUUCUCUAAAAUGACAACAGAAAUGAGUGCUCUUCACUCUCUGCAUCCGUCUCAUCCUUUUUAUACUUUUAAUAAUUCCGUUGGAAUUCGUUUAACAGAGCAUCACACAUCUUCAGCCAUGUCAUGGUGAUAACGAGAAGUCUCCAAAAUAGUUUGAGAACAUAUACAAGCUGCAGAUUGGCCUUGGUAGUAUGCUUUAAGAUAUUUAUCUUUCCCUCAUUAAUCUUGUUUUAAGUUGUAACAGCCAUUAUAGUUGGGCCCUUUUCUUCCAUCCAUUCUCAGUCACAAAUGGCUCCCACAGAGCCAGACAAUAGUCACAGUGAACAUGGAAAAACUGAGGUUAUGUGUCUGUAUUAUGCAACGCUAUGAACAGGAAGUAUUGGAAGUUUUAACUGCUUUAUACUUCUUAUCAAAACUCACUGUAGAUAACAGAGUCAGCACACUGAAUUACCUAUAUAAUACAGUGUCAGCUCUGGUGUAUCUGUUAUAUAGCACAAUUCAUCCAUAAAUAAAUGCCUAGCAUAACGUUGAGAAGCAAGAUCAGGUUGAAGUAUUCCACCGUCAUUGACAGUGAGUCACAGUGACAGUGGAAUACAGCCAUUUGCACGCCUGUGCCAACGCUUUCUUUUCCCUUUGUCAUGUUAAAAGAAUUCACUUUUUUGUUAUUGUUGUCAAUUUAGUCUUUAAAGGAUAAAAACAUAACUGUGGAUGCCAAAAUAUUCUCUGUAUCCAUGUUCGACUGUUGGCAGUGUUGCUCAGUGCUAACUCUUAAGUAUACACUAUAUACUGAAUGAUAGCAGCCAACUGGCAGCAUCUCGAAAGCAAGCAAAUGAGAACUGUUGGAGCUUAUAAGCUAAACGGCAAAGAAAUCUGACAGUUUUCUGUACAAAGUAUAAUUCACAUAUGCUUGGCAUAUUGACAUAUCACUUAUAGUUUCAUGGGACUACUUUAUCUUAAGCAGGGGAAGGUGUAAACAGCAGAUGGUGCCUCAUUUAAAAUAGCUACUAAGAUCAACCUCAAAGAAGAUAAAAACAGUUCAUACUUAUGACACUGAUUGUUGUUUCUAUCCAAGGGCACUGGGAUGAUUUUAUUGUCUGUGUACUAAGUUGACAAACACAGCAAUUAGCCAAAAAGUCUGUGUUUUGCUGUAACAUAAAUACACGUUAGUGCUGUUUUAGCAGGCACAAAGCUACAGUGUCGGUGCCAAUAGUCCCGCUUUAUUCUUCGCUCUUCUUGUCACUGAAAUCAGCCUUUGGAUUCUGACCAAGCUUCAUGUGUUCUUGUUUGUGUGUGGGAGAGUGUAUGUGUGUGUGUGUGUGUGUGUCUUUUUGGAUGUAUGUAUGUACAUGUGUAACUCAAAGUGGUUGAAGUUGAAGUGGUUUCUUCUUCACGUGGCUGCCUUUUCUGUUAAUGACUGAAGCCGUUGGCUGAUGAGAGGAAAGUUGUCUGACUAUUUGAAAUGUCGGAGAGCGUCAGCUGUGCCAUACGAAUCUCCCUACUGCUCCGUCCCCAGUGGUUUUCCUCUGUGCUCCCAAUUACUGAAACCAACUUCACCAUCAACCGUGUCAUCUGGUCUUACAGAGAAACCUGCUGCAUAUCAUUUUCAGUGAUACCCUGUUUCAAACAUUUCCACCAGAAGCUUCCCAGUCCAACCACCAUCCUCUCACUGUUGGCCACUGAGCAGCUCCAACAGAGGAAAUAAAUAUGGAAAAGGGAGAAAAAGGAAGCUGACUGACUUAAUAUAAUUGAAUUUCAGGUGUGUUUUGCAUUUCCAGGACAUUUCCUCAUUCCCUGUGACAGUUACAGUGUCGUACAACCAGUGUCAUGUAAACUGUGGCCAAGUUGAAGGGAGCUCCCCGUCUUUUAUGUGCACUAACACAACAUUGAUAUUUUAAACACUAUUUCAAGAUGUUUGUUUAAAAGUUAUCCUGAGCACAGAGCAUAAUUAUUUUUUAACUGAUGAUAAUUGUCGCUGAGAGGACAGCUGCCAAUUUAUAAUUCACUCUAAUUCACAGUUAAUUUCAAUGAUGGGCAGGCGGUGAGUUGGAUUAGAGGUGUGAUGUGUGUGUAGUUUACAGUUUGCUGUAAUACCACAGUCCUGUUACAUAGAGAGGGACUGCUCCUCAGCUGGUGCGACUCCAACACUGUUUGCUGUACAGUAACUGUCUGACCUGCAUUAAUAAAUUUCUGUUUUUCUGUUCGUUCA